CCACCACCAUCAUCAUCAUCAUCAUCAUCAUCGUCAGAAUCAUUCGGCUUUCUGCUGCAUGCCUGUCUCACUCACUGUCACUAGCUGUCUUCAUUAAUGCCUCAGUUCUCUCCGGGUGACUGAACACAGCAUACAGGGGAAACAUAGACAGUACCAGAUGAUGUCUCAGAAGAAGAUUUUCCUGCUUCUGGUGGCAAUUAGUACAGUCAGUUUGCUGUUGCAUCACGGAGGUCAUCUCAGUUGGACCUUGGAAGUAUUUCGACUGAACUGUCCAUCCAAAAAUUCUGAAACCAAUGUAAAACACACCAACGUGCUUUUCCUCAAGACACACAAGACAGCCAGCACUACUGUGCAAAACAUAUUCUUCCGCUUUGCCGAGCGCAACAACCUCACCGUGGCGCUGCCAGUCACCCCAUGUGACCACCAGUUCUGCUACCCGCGUAUUUUCAGCAGUCACUUCGUUCACCCCCACACCAUGCCGCCAAACAUUGUGACCAGCCACAUGCGCUUCAGUCGCUCUGAGUUGAGACGCAUGAUGCCCAGUGACACCAUCUACAUCACCAUCAUGCGUGAGCCUGGUGCCAUGUUUGAGUCUCUGUUCAGCUACUAUAAUCAGUACUGUGACACUUUUAAACGAGUCCCCAAUGGUUCUCUAGAUACUUUUCUGGAUAAGCCCUGGGAAUACUACCGCCCUGAUGAGAAAGAUUCAAUGUAUGCAAGGAAUACGCUGACCUUUGAUCUGGGCGGUGAUAAGGAUCGAUCUUCCGCAGAUGUGGAGAGUUACGCAAAACGAUUUGCUGCAGAAAUGGGUAAUGUCUUCUCACUGGUUAUGAUUGCAGAAUAUUUUGAUGAAUCACUAGUCCUGUUGCGGCAUCUGUUAUCAUGGGACCUAGAGGACGUGCUCUACAUAAAGCAAAACAUGCGCAUGCCUUUGUCUAAAAACAACCUAUCUGAAGCGCAACUGGUCAAAAUCCGGCAAUGGAAUGCCAUUGAUGCUGUGCUGUAUGACUACUUUAACGCCUCACUUUGGAGGCAGCUAAAAGAAUUUGGACUAGCUUGUGUUGCUAGGGAAGUAAAGCUGCUGCGACGUGCCCAAGAACAGAUGGUACGCGGCUGCUUUGGAGGCAAAUUGCCUCAGUUGCGUGGCGCUAAAGAGAUCACCAACAAAGAAUUGCGGCCCUGGCAGCCCAGCUCCAAGGUGACUAUUGCUGGUUAUGAGUUACCUAUCAAUGCAACACAGGAGUCUGGCAUGUCACAGGACAUGUGCCUGAAAAUGGUCAUGCCUGAAUUGCCAUAUACAAAGCGACUGCUAUACUUGCACAUGCAGCGUUACAGAAACAGGUACUUUUUAAAUGCAAUGCAACGUAAUGCGAUGAAAUUUAAUAACCAGGACCAAAAAGGCUUCAAUUUACAUCAUUCAGUCACACUGGGGAGGGGCACCAAAAAAGCUGCACAGUUCUCCAACCAGCCACGUCAAAAUUAGCCCUGAGGUUUUUUUCUUUCUUCUUGUGAUCCAUACUACAGGGAAAGAUCUAUGAAAAACAGUGAAGGUCCAAGAUUAUACCAGCCAUCUAGAACUCCCUCCUCAGGACCUGCUUAUCUGUGCCAUUUCAGUGUAUGGCUUAAAGAAUUUGCUAGCAGGAUCUGUGAAUUUCAUAAUGACCAGAGUAUGUGUACUGUAUGUGUGAUGCUUUUUCUUAACUGUGGGAUGUGACUGUAUGAAUACAGCCUUCUCUGGUGUAAACAUACGCAUAUAUACAUACAUAUACAACACAAACAUACAGUACAUUUUGUCUCUGCAAACACAUAGCCUUCGGACAGAUUUUUUUUGUAUUUGGCAGUAAUGUGUGCAAACGGAGCACUUGUACCGUUAAUGAGACAGCUAGAAGAUUUAACAGGUAUUAGCCUGAGUUUGUUAUUUUGUGUUCCAACUUUGAAUACAAAUGGCUUUGCUAAACUUUGGUUCCUGCUGAGUUACACCACAAAAGACAGACAUGUGUCCUGUCUAGGCAACAAUGCCUAAAUGCUAGGACAGGAAAUGUGGCAUACUCAAUUGACAGGCACUAUGAUUAACUUCCCUGUCUUGUUUGGUUGGACAUUUUGGUCAUUUCUUUUUUUUCUCCAGUGUAAAGAAUCUGGGGCAUUACAAAGACAGUGUUUUAUUUCCUUUUGAGUAUAUUAUUUUAUUACUUUAUCAAAGCAGGCAGAAAGAAAGAGCAUUUUGACGUAGAGUCACUGGUCGUAUCUUUUUGAAAGGGCUACUAUGGGGAGAUGUCUUUAAAAUCAUUGAUUUCACCCACAAUGGUUUGCAGACGUUGAUGAGGCAACCCUCUAAGAGAUGUGCAAUCAUUCAAAUAUUUCAGUUUUCUUCAGUUUUUUUCCCCCUAAAUUCUCUGGAGUUAGACCACCCUGCAUCUAUGGACCGUUGCACGAACAUGCUGAUUAGCAAAGACAAGAGGCAGAAAGAAUUGAUGAGGAAUUGGGGCGAAAAAAAGGCUAAGACAGAUAAGAAAAUGGACUGUCAUGCUACUGUGUAAGACAUUUUUAUUGUAGUUUUAGGAAGCAAUUUGCAGUAACACAGUGACCUUGAAUUUUUCUCAUGACAGGGAGCAGAGUGUAACAGGCACUGUGCUUGCACACUGUUGUAAAAUUACUUACUGUAUAAGGCUUACCUUCUUAUCUGCUGACAGUCCUAUUGUGAAAGCUGUCCUUAUGGAAAAAAACAUCAAGGUGUAAUUUAUAAAUUAUAUUUAAUUAAACAGUUAUUUAAAAUGCUUCAAAUAUUUUGUCAUAAUACUGGUACAUGAUUGGAAUGUAUUCAGGCUUAUUUUUAUGUAAUAGGAACUGGGGAAAAAACAUGCGUGUG